AUGGGGGAGAGAGAAGAAUCAAUACAUUGGUUAUGUUAUAAUGGAGAGAAAGAGAAAGUUUGUAAAGCGAUAUCCAAUGGAGAAAAAAUCAAUAAAAUAGAUAAGUAUGGGUAUUGUCCAAUUCAUUAUACGAUAAUACAAAAUAAUAAAGAGUUAUUUGAAAUACUUUGUGAACAUGGAUGUAAAUCAAAUGAGACAUCACUUAAAUUAAGUUGCCUUCAUAUCGCAGUUUAUUUUGAUAAAUUUGAUUUUGUUGAAAAAUUGAUUGAUCAAAAAAACUGUAUUGACAUUAAUGGAGAAACACCAUUAAUGUAUGCUGCUCGUUUUCAUAGAAAUGAUUUUUUAAUUUAUUUAUUAAAAAAAGGUACAAAUUUAAAAACAAUAAAUCCAAAUGGAAAUACCGCACUUCAUGAAGCAGUUUUAUCAGGAAAUGUUAUUGGAGCAGCUGAAUUAAUUAGGUAUGGAGCGAAAAUAACAGAUACUAAUAAAUCGAUAAAAACUCCAUUCUCUUCUAUUCAAUUCAAAAUUAAUAAAAAAAAUAUUAAAUCGAAUAUUAAAAUCAUUUAUAAUCCUACAGUCUCUCCUGCAAAUGAAAAAUUAUUUAAAGCUGUUAAUACUGAUAUGAAAAUUAAAUCAAAAAAUGGAAAAACUUUUGAUGUUCAUAAAUGUGUUGUUUCUCAAUUUCAUUUACCAAAUAAUCUUAGUGAUGGUGCAAUGGAAAUUUUUAUCGAAUGGAUGUAUUUACAAAGAUCCCCUUUACUUGAGUCUCAACCAAUUGACUCUAUUGCAAAAGAAGUAGUUGAAUUAUUGAAUAACGAAGAAAUUAAAAGUUAUAUUGCAACUUAUAUUAUUGAACAAAAAGGUCCUUAUCCAAAAGAACUUCUUAAAGCAAUUUCAAAUUUAGAACUUAGAAAUAAAAAUGUCAAUCUUAGCAGAUAUAUUAUUAUGAAAACUUUCGAAAAGUUCGAUCAAAAUAAAACUGCCCUAAAACAACUUACUAAUGAAGAACUCGCUUCUUUAAUUGAAGCACUACCUUUAAAAGAAACUUUACUUGAAAUUACUUCUCCAAUUCCAUUACAAUAUAAUGAAGAAAUUAAAUUAUCUUCUGAUCACGAUAAAAAAGAAUAUCCAAUGACUGAUUUUAAUAAAAAGUUAUGUCAAGAAUUUAUUACUUGGAUUUCUAAUAAUCAAAAGAUUGCUGCAUUUAUGUUUCCUGUUGAUGAAGAAAGAGAUGGGGCAAUUGGAUAUUAUAAAAUUAUUAAAAAGCCAAUGUGUAUUGAAAAUAUCAAAACAAAAUUAAGUGAUAAUAAAUAUAAAACUGCAAAUGAUUUUAUGCAUGAUUUAAGACAAAUUUGGAAAAAUGGAAUGACGUAUAAUAGAGUUGGUACAUUAUAUUAUAUUUAUGCAGAUGAUUUAAGGGUUCUUUGUGAAGGAUAUUGGGAUAAAAUUCCAUUACGUUCUAAAGAUGAAAAAGCAAUGAUUAAAGAAUUACAAAAAGAAAGAAUUAUUGAGAAAGAAAAACAAGAAAAUAAUGAAAAAAGAAAAUUAAAACGAAAAGUAGAAGAAUUACCUCUUGUUUUAGAAGAUGAUGAAGAUAUUCCUUUAACUGUAAAACAACAACCAAAAACUAAAACUAAAAAAAUCAAAAAAGAAAAACUUGAGAUUAAAACAUAUAGUCUAAAUGAUAAAAUUAGAGUAAUGGAAAAAAUAGAAAAAUUAACUCCAGACCAACAAAAAGAAAUUCCUAAUAUACUUGGUGCAAAAGAAAUUGGAGAAAGUUUUGAAUUAAAUUUAGAAACAAUGUCUGAUACUAAUCUAACCAAAUUAGAAGCCUUUUGUGAUUCCAAUAUAAAUUGUAAUUGA